AUGACGUUAGAAACAAUCAUGGAAGACGACCACGGGCGAGAUUUCUUGGCACGCUCGCAGCCUGCAGUUUAUCGAGCAACACCCUCUAUUCACACAGCUCGGAAGUCUCGGAAUCGAAUGAGUGAAAAAAUCUGCAAGUGCAUCGUAGAAGCCAAAUGUACAGAUAAUAUUUUAUUCGCUUGUGCUGCAGCCGUUGGAGCUGUGGUCCUCGUUCUUCAGUCGUUUCCAAUAUUUAUGAAUAAUUGGGUCUUCCUCACAGAACCUCGACCAAUCAACAAAACAAAUGAAAACGGCGAACAGAUGGAGAGCACAUUUCAUUACAACGCCGGAUAUUUCCAAGUUUGUCGCAUGCAUAAGAACAAUCAGACCGGUGUAUUGUAUAGCGAGUACGAGGUACCAAAAGCGGAAAGCGUUUACAAGUGCUACCUUAACCCUUUGUUCUCUCGCGAGGAUUUGACGGAUCAUUCCGUGGCAUCGUUAGCUGUAAUUAUGAGACUUGGUUUACCAGCGCUACUCCAUGUCACGGGCGCCUUCAUCUGCUGCUUAGCCUACGUUCUUGGAAUUAUUGGCCACCUCAAAAAGACUUUUCACACUUUAUUUUCCUGCAUCGGCUAUAUGUGUGGAAGUAUAAUUCUUUGCACUGCUGUCCUCAUGGUGGUUUGUGUAGUCGAUGAUGAGUUGGCGCCGAGAAUGAAGCAAAAUUCUGCUGGAGAACCUAGCAAGUUCAGCUAUGUAUAUGGAUAUCCGUUCUUCUCGUCAGCGUUGUCGUUUCUUCCCGUACAAGUAUGCGUAUCUCUUCAAGCGUUCUUGUACUUUAGGCGAUUCCCUUCCGUGGCAGAAAAGUUGAAAUUUGUUCCAGGAUUAGAAGCUAAAUGUGAGUUUGUUUUGCCUAUCCAAUAA